CGUAUGUUUUUUUGUUUUAUUCAGUUUGCGACAAUGCCCUUUGACAAGAAGCACCAUUCCAAAUAUUAUUUGUUUAUCAAAUGUAAUGUUUAGUUUUUAAAAAUUGUAUGUUUCGUGUCCGCGCUACAAACUGAAAGUCCGAAACAAUGUUCAAUCGUGUAAAGAAUGCAGUCAUCGGUGCGGUGAGCAGCGGCACAGAACUGAACGGUUACCGUGAAAGUUCGGUCGGCGGUUCAAAGCAAUACGGCCAGUCGCAGUUGUUGGCACCGAAGUUCCCUUAUGGCAGACCGCAUUUUUUACAUCUCGAAGAUGACGAAGUGCAAAUGUCGGCCGACCACAAAUUGAGGCCCAUAAUUCACCCCAGUAAACCCCUACCCCACCACACUGGCUAUGCUGAAUGUGUGAAUGCUGGCAAGUCCAAGUGGAACGAGGACCAAGCAGUUUACAGACAAGGCGUGCUAACAAAAGUACUUAAUAACGUGGAAAACGUCGACGAUACUCAAGGCUCGCAGUUCUUUUUCAUACCCUACACAUACUAUGGCAUAUUCGAUGGACAUGCCGGUGUUGGAGCUGCCCUGUGUGCUGCCAAUCAGUUGCACCAUAUUUUACAUGAAAAAUUGGUGGAUGCUCAAGACGAUAUUUGGGCCGACUUAAGCAACAACAGGAAGCAACAUUCAAAACCGACCGAUUUACUGCUAAUCGGGGCGCUCGAGUCUGCCUUUACCGAAAUGGAUCAACUGAUCGCAGAGGACAGGACGAAAUACCAGGCAGCCGGUGGGUGCACGGCACUGGUGGCAUUAUUCAUCCUGGGCAAAUUGUACGUUGCCAACGCCGGCGAUUCCAGGGCAAUCAUAUGCAGCGGUAGCGAGUUCCAUCCCAUGUCCGUCGAUUUCACGCCCGAGAACGAGAGGGACAGAAUCAGGCAACUCGCCGCCCAACAGCCGUCACUUCUCGGGGACAAUUUUACUUCGACGGAGUACAUUCAGCAGCCCCGUGGCGACGACCUGGGGAAAACUAUCAUGUACAGAGAGGCACAUAUGAAAGGUUGGGCUUAUAAAACACUACAACAGAACGACCUCAAAAUAUCUGUGAUCACCGGUCAAGGCAAACGGAGUCGUGUGAUGGGCACGAUAGGUGUGACCAGGGGAUUUGGAGACCACGACCUGGUGGCGAUAUACCAAAGAACACCAAUCAAACCGUUCCUCUCGUGCCAUCCGGAGGUGCAAGUGCACACGAUAACCAGCACGGACGAAAAGGACGUUCUAGUGAUGGGAACGGACGGGCUUUGGGACGUGGUGUGCGGCGAAAAGGCGGCCGAGAUCGUCUCGAAAUCCAUUAGCACUUUCAUGGAGAAGGAGAGAUACGUGAGCGCCGCCACUUGUCUCGUCGGUUUCGCCAGGGGGACACUAGUUAAUGAGCAAAUGUGGCACCUCAAGGAAGGCAAACCCGCUUCUUGUGAUGAUAUUUCAGUAUUUGUUAUACCACUUUUACCUUAUAAAUUAGAGUACGAGGAAUUAAUGAAAAAGUACUUUGAUAAAAGCAAUUGAUAUAAUUUAAAUUUUUAUAUUUAAUAUAUAAAUUUUAUAUAUAUAUAUAUAUAAAAAAAACUUACCAUUCCUGUUAGGAAUAUGAUUUGUACAUAGUGUACGUUUUGUUACAGUUCAGAGAUAUUGUGAAUGUCCUGUGUAUGCCUAAAUAAAAAUUUUAAUACUCUUUUGUGAUUAUUUUAUAACUGCAAGAAGCUGAAUAAAUCAUAAUUAUGUAAA